CAUGAACAAGCUCUAGUGCUCUACGUUGGGAGGGAGGCAGUCGUACGUCAUAGUUGAUUUUAAAUUCUAGGGUUUCUUUCUGCGCCAUACGCAGAUCAAUUGCAUCGUCGUCGUGACAGCCCAAUUUCAAUACAGAUUCUCGAUUCACGUGUGUUUAUUCAGUUAUUAUCGGAUUCGGUUGGGCAGUAGGGAGUAGAUAUGGCUAGGGAUUGGGAUAUGUCGAAGUCACCGGCGUAUAGGAGGUAUUCCCGGUCUCCUUCUCCGGUGGGGCACAGAUCUAGCCACCGAAGCCGUCGGGAGAGAAUUCGAUCUCCGUAUUCGCGUAGCAGGUGAUACCCGAUUGCUCACAUAGUAGCUCUGUACGGUUGAUAUAGUAUCAUUUGAUUAUGUGAAUUCAUCCUGAGCAGCACUUCUGGAGCAGAUCACUCUUGCUAGGCUAAUGAAACUCACUUUUGUUUUUGUUUUGAUCCAGUAACAGUCCAAGCCACUCAUACUUUUAUGGUUAUCAACAGUGUUGUUAUAUAUGAUAUUCUUUUUGUUGAAGGACUUUCUGUUUUGAUGAGGCAAAUUAAAUUAGCCCAUCACAGCCAAGUGUGUUUGUUUGGUGCACCUUGGGUCAUAUCAUUUUUGUAGACCUUUUCACAUAAUUUUUUUAAAAAAUUAAUGCUUAUUUAACUAGUAAAGAAAUUCCUUCUUUUGCUUAUAUAUAGGACUAUAGGUCCAUGGUGGACCUUAGGUCCACUAUAGAAUUUCCCCACAGGCCAUGACUUCAGGCUUGUGCUUAUACCGAUGAAAACUUAUGUUUUUUUAUAAUGAAAACUUAUGUUAAAGGAUCUCAUUAUUAUNUUAUAUAUGAUAUUCUUUUUGUUGAAGGACUUUCUGUUUUGAUGAGGCAAAUUAAAUUAGCCCAUCACAGCCAAGUGUGUUUGUUUGGUGCACCUUGGGUCAUAUCAUUUUUGUAGACCUUUUCACAUAAUUUUUUUAAAAAAUUAAUGCUUAUUUAACUAGUAAAGAAAUUCCUUCUUUUGCUUAUAUAUAGGACUAUAGGUCCAUGGUGGACCUUAGGUCCACUAUAGAAUUUCCCCACAGGCCAUGACUUCAGGCUUGUGCUUAUACCGAUGAAAACUUAUGUUUUUUUAUAAUGAAAACUUAUGUUAAAGGAUCUCAUUAUUAUCUACUUCCUCUGCCAGUAAACAAAUUCAUAAAUUGACUUCACAAAGUUUAAAAAAAGUGUUGGAAACUGGAAAGUGUUUGGUUGGAAUUUGGUUAGAAGAGAGAAAUGUUAUAAGCCACAUACUCUUUUCCUUAGAAGAAAAUGGUAGAAGUGUCAAUUUAAUAAUGUUAGCAUGGUCCAAAAAGCAAAGCUUAAAAUGCAAAUUUGUUUUUGGGUCAGAGAGAGAACAUAACACGUCUUUGGGAGUUUGAAUGUUGAGACGGGGUUUGUUUUACAGUUUUUUUUGGGGAGACAAGUCUUUAGGAUUUAUCAUCUAUUUUUUCUACAAGGUGAGAUGAUUGUUGAGUGUAGGGUAGAGAGAGUCUUUAUAAAUGUAAAUGGGCAACAUGGUUUUCUUCUUCUUAGAAAUUAAAACAACAGUACACUUCAUUUCAUUGGGAAGCAAUCAGAUGAUGAGUGCCGAUUGGUUGACAUAUUCAGUCCCAUAUGAUUAAAAGGUGCAGCUCAUUGUUAAUUCUUGUCAAUCCAAAAGGUAAAUGUUUUUGCCUUUGUUAUUCAGUUUUGCUGGUCCUGCUGGUUGAGAUGAGACAUAUGUGAUGAAUGAAACUUGUACUCUUAUUCACAUUGUCAUUGUUGCUCAAGCUGUCUAUGUUAUACAGAAAAAGAAGCCGUUCAUUGUCACCAAGACGUCACAAAAGUCGUUCACCAACAUCAAAGCGCCAUAGAAGACAAAGAAGUAAGAGCAUAUCGUUGUCACCUAUUGGAAAACCUCCCAGAUCAAGUACUGGAUUAAAAGAGCAGAAGGAUGAUAGUGAAAUGCUAAGAAAAUUGGAACAGGAAAAGAAAAGGUAUAUGUAUAGUUUUAUAUCCUUCUCUUCCUUUUUUUCUUACAUUUUUCUUUAAGCAGUUAUGUGCUUUUAUUUCUAAACUAGGGUGAUGGAUUGGAUGUUUAAGGAUUUCCUUGUUUGGAAUCAGUUGUGCAUAUACUUCAUCAAUUUUUUUUAUCAUACAUGUGUAAAACCAAAAGAGUAAUGCAUGUCCUGUAAUUGAUUAACUGAUUUUUCACCUUUUGCUGGUCAACUAUUGAGUGACGUGGUACCCCAGCUGCUAUAAACAUAUAGGCUGAAUAUGAGAAUGCCCAUGCUAUUCCUUCUAAGGCUCAAUUGUCUUUGUGUAUGUUUGGGACCAGUUUAGCUUAACUUACAAUAAAGAUGGUCCCUUUGCAGUUUUGGUUGAUUAGUAGUAAAGUCAUUAUCUUUGA